AUGGCGAGAAUGAAGGUCUUAAUCAACGGCGGAGGUAUCGCCGGUGGCGCCCUCGCUUUUUGGCUCUCGAAGAUCGGCCAUGAAGUUACGGUUCUCGAAUGGUUUCCCACACUACGAACUACCGGGCUUCAACUAGAUUUACGAGGUCAUGGGAUCGAAGUUAUGAAGCGCAUGGGUCUCGAGAAGGAUUUCCGGGCGAGGAUGGCUCCAGAACAAGGCUUACAGGUAGUCAACCAUGCGGGUAAAAGACGUGCCCUCUUCCCAGUGAAUAAAUCUGGCAAAGGACUGCAGAGCUUCACGACCGACUAUGAGAUCAUGAGGGGGGAUCUAUGUCGCCUCUUAUACGACCACUCUAAGGAUCAGACCAAGUAUGUCUUUGGGACGUCGGUCGAAAGUUUCGAGCAGUACGACAACGGGGUGGAAGUUAAGCUUACAGACGGCAAGAGAGAUCAAUUUGAUCUCCUAGUCGGCGCGGAUGGACAGAAUUCACGAACACGUAGGAUGAUGCUCGGGUCUGGCACAGAAGGACUCCACCCACUCCGCGGAAUCUACGUAGGAUACUUCACGAUGAAUAAGCCGAUUAAAGAAGGAGAAGGAUAUCUCGCGACGGUAUACACCGCCCCCGGAAGACGAGCUAUCAUGACCCGAAGGCAUAGCCCUGAUCAAAUUCAGGUAUAUCUCACCUGCAAGAGCGAUUCCGAACGACUGAAGAAUGCUCCUAGGGGAGAUGUGAAGGAAGAAAAGGAGGCGAUGGCGGAGAUCUUCAAAGACGCAGGGUGGGAGGCUGAGGAACUCGUACAGGCUAUGAUGGAAUCCGAUGAUUUUUAUCUCGAGCACAUGGGCCUCGUCAAGCUAGACUCCUGGUCCCGCGGACGCGUAGCCCUCGUCGGGGACGCCGCAUACUGCCCCACUGCGAAUACGGGGAUGGGAACCACGUCCGCUAUUGUAGGCGCAUACGUCCUCGCCGGAGAAAUCGGCAAACAGUGCAAGAACAGUACCGGUGAGCUAGACAACAAUAAGGGCGGCAUCAUGGCUGCGCUCAAAGCCUACGAUGAGACGUUCCACCCUUUCAUGGAGCAGGUGCAGAAAGACAUCGGUGACGGCAAGGGUAUUGCGGGCAAUAUGAUGCCGACGACGCCGUUUGGGAUCGGCGUUAUGAAUUUCAUCGCGGGGGUUGCGGCUUUCUUCAGGCUGGAUAUCAUUGCGCAGGCGUUUCUGAAGGAAGAGGUUAAGUGGGAUCUCCCGGAGUAUGAGGAGAUUCUACGAAAGUGA